AUGUCGACUUCGAGUCUGCAAGAGAGCGUCUCGUCCAACACAUCCACUGCUGGCGAAGUGACGGAAUGCAUCCCUUGCGAAUCAUGUGCCCUUCCUCCCACAAGCCUUGAGGAUGCCUUCCCUACAUUGGACACCAAGACGAACCAAUUCGUCAGAAUGCCCGACACUGAAUAUAUCUUCAUCUCUCUGGAUGUUCAUCAUAUCUGCGGGGAAGAGCCUAGCGCAUCGCUGGACCGACCGUCGUGUCGACACGAUCCCGUCAUCGAGGCCGGGAUCGCAUAUCUUGAUAUGCGAGACAUAUUGUAUGACCGUGGUAAGGGCGUUAUACCUGGAGAUCGUGGGUCGUCCUGGUUCAAGUACAUGACUCCUCUCCAUUAUAUAGCGGUAGAGUCCGAGAACCAAGAUACACUAGAUCAAUCGCCAUACUUGUUCGCUUUUGGCCGAUCAAGAAGGGUUCAGGAGAAAGAUCUUGCGUACAGACUAUAUCGAGUCUUUGCGGCGCUGAAAAAGAAAAACCGACGGAAAGAUGAGAUCGAGCAAGGACGUCUUCGACAGCUCAUUUUGUUGACCAUUGACGCAGAGUGUGUCAAAACCACGCUGUUGCAGCUUGGUUUGGAGUGGCUAGGAGAACCCAAUGUUCAGAUAUGGGACUUGAAGAAGGAGAAGCAGUUUGAGACACGCAUUAAACAACCCGCAGUAUUUGAGCAUGUUCUGGAGCGCCUGGGUAUUCGAUUUGAAGAUACUCGAUUCGGAAAGCUCACAUCAUGUUCGGGGAAUGCAACUGUGUUCAUGAUUCAGAUGAUUCUUGCAUUCUUCUAUAUAGACGAAGGUCAAAAAGCCUUGUUUGAGGACCGUAGACCAUUGAGUUGGCUGCGAUAUACUUGGGUAGGCCAUUCAUUGGAUCAGCUGAAUUUGGCACUGGGAGAGCUACCAAAGCGAAGGCAUGAAAGCGAGAUGAAUCGUCAUGAUGUGCCUCAGAGGCAGAAUGAGAAGGCGUUCGGCAUCAACAUCACCAUCAGCUAUCACACCAGUAUCAUUCAUACAAACAAAAGCCCACAUUCUAUCGAGUAUAUCAUCACCGUGGCCGACAACGUGGCUGCUGAUAGACAUAUAACCCAUCACAAGGUGAUCAACGACGAAUCGACAGACGACAAGAUGGCGGACGACAAAGGGGCCGGCGAAAAAGCUAGCGAUAACAAAUCAACCGAAAAGAUUACGCCAGAGACAAAAGCAUCAGAAGGAGAAAACACAGAAGAGACAUCAAAAGACGAUGGGAUGACCGAAGCCCAACAUAGUGAUGGCGUGUCUGCCGAGGAUGAGGUCGCGAAACUAUCAGUCAUACGGCAACACUUGUCUGCAGAAAUCCCCGAUCUGUUGUUCAAUGUGCUCUCGAAGGAAGGCCUAGGCCUCCCCAGUCAAUUCCACUACCCAAGUGCAUAUGAUUGGCUGCGGAAGAUCAUAUAUAAAUUCCACGCCAAGGGUGAAAAGGCGGACGACGAUGACGAGGGGAAGCAAAGAUAUGAAAAACUCUGGGCGAUGUGCGGUCUUCUACGUGGUAUGGAAGAGGAUGAUCCCGGGAUCCUAACACCGGCAAAAAGAUAUACAGACAAAUUGGAAGGGAGAGUAACUGAACAUGCCCAGGUCCUGCAAAGGUUGUUGGAAGAAACGCCCGAGCCCUCCAUCACCGUGGAGGAGUACAGGAGAAGAGGUAUUCCUCGUACGCAAAGAGCUGUUCUUCGCGAAGAUCUUGAGUACUACAUUGGAAAGGUCGAUUAUUUCGUUGAGGUUGAAGUCGAUAGUGACUCUCUGGAAGAGGAGGAUGAGCAUGAUAACGAUCACGAACUCCCUCCGUUGAAGAGUUCCUCGCGUGCACCGGAGGGUAAGGAGAAUACACCAUAG